UAUGAUAAAAUUUCUAAGCUGUUCAUCAAUAUCAGCUUGGUCGACGCGCUUUGUUCACACUGACGCCUUUCUGCAACUCUACCAGAUGCAUCGGCAAUCAUCCUUCCGGCGGCGCUCCUCCUACGUGCCGCAACUAUGCGUCGCCGGCGCGGUCGUACUUCUUCUUCUUUCCCUCUCGAUCCUCCACAUACGCCUCUCUUCCUCCCCACUAGUUCUUCCUUUCCCCUUCCGCUCCUCUUCUUCCAACAGUUCCGCCAACUCUAACUUCAAUCCUCUCUUCGACGACGCCGCUAACGACGCCUUCGAUGGUGGCUUUGACGACCGCAUUGACGAGCUCGACGUGCUUGAAGACGACAAGAAACUCGUCACCGCCGCCGAAGAUGCCGAUUCCGAUGUUACGGACUCCCGCUUCGGUUCCGGUGCCGGCUUAUUCUGGGACCACGCUCUCGGCGUGGCACGCAUGUCAUUUGGUCGCUCUGUGUCGAGAUCGGAGCCCGAGGUGGAUUCUACGAUGGAUGAACUAGGCCGGAGUAAGCUUGCUUUCGGUUCGGACGAUGAGCCGGUCGAUGAGGGUGUUAGGACGAAGCUGGCUUCGAUUCGGCAGAUAGAGGAUGCUCUAUUGCUGAACGUUGGUGGGCACGGAAGGAACUCACUGAUGCGGGAUGGUUGGGCCCAAUGGCUCGAGGGCAAGGGCGAUUUUAUUCGACGGGAUCGGAUGCUUCGGUCUAAUCUUGAGAUGCUGAAUCCGAAGAACCAUCCCUUGCUUCAGGAUCCCGAUGUUGUGGGUCUCACGGGGCUUACCAGGGGUGAUCGCCUGAUGCAGAAGGCGAUCUUGAAGGAAAUGGAUAAGGUGGAUUCGAUUGGAUUGGAUAUGAAGGGGACGGAGGGAAGGAGGACUCUGCAUUUAAAGGUGGAAAUGGAGAAGAAGGAAGAGGAGAAUGGUCGGAGAUGGGGUACUUUCCCCGGCCUUGAUUCGAAGCUGGGUUUUUCUGACUUCAUUGAUCAGUUUCUUGCUAUUGGUCAGUGCUCGCUCAGGGUUUUCAUGGUGUGGAAUAGCCCUUCCUGGAGUUUUGGAGUCCGGCACCAAAGGGGGCUGGAGAGCCUUUUGCAUCACCACAGAAAUGCUUGUGUUCUAAUGUUCUCUGAGACUAUUGAGCUGGAUUACUUCAAGGAUUUUGUCAAAAAUGGAUUCAGAAUUGCUGUUGUCAUGCCAAAUCUUGAUGAACUACUGAAGGAUACUCCAGCUCACGUUUUUUCAUCUGCUUGGUUUGAAUGGAGGAAAACUAAGUAUUAUCCUCUUCACUACAGUGAGUUAGUGCGUCUUGCUGCCCUUUACAAGUAUGGUGGAGUCUAUCUUGAUUCUGAUCUUAUAGUUUUGAAGCCACUUUAUUUGCUCAAGAAUUCUGUUUGUGUUGAGGAUCAAAGGGAUGGAAAUUCUUCUUACAAUGGUGCAUUGAUGGCAUUUGAAAGACGCAGUCCUUUAGUGAAGGAAUGCUUAACAGAGUUCUACUCGACGUAUGAUGAUACCCUCUUAAGGUGGAACGGAGCUGAUCUGUUAAAUAGAGUGAUUAAAAGGCUUCAGAGGAAAGGUGCCAAGUCCUGGGAAGAGCUUAGAAUAAAUAUAAUCUCUCCCCAGUCAAUCUUUCCAAUAAGUUCGACGGACAUUACACGGUACUUCGAAGUGGCAAAAGAAGAGUCUGAAAGGGCCCAUCAUGAAAAACUUUUCAGAAUGAUUCUGAAUGAAUCAUACACUUUCCAUUUCUGGAAUGGAAUAACAUCUGCACUUGUGCCCGAGUCUGGUAGCCUCGUAGAAAAACUUUUAAAUCAGUACUGCCUCCGUUGCCUUGAGAUAUUGUGAUCUACACGGUAAUUAGGAAAACUUUUCCAAGGAAGAAUUCUGUCCAUUCAGACGGAAGAAGCUGGAUUCCAGACCGCUGAAGGAAGAGUUCUGGUUAUAAUUAAGCUUGAUCCGAGUCUAAUCCAAGCACAACUAUUUUAGAUCCCACUCAGACUCGGGCGCCUAUCUGAUUGUGAACGAAGUAUCAAUGCAGAUGUGCGCUUUUUGGCGGGGAAUUCAGUUAAUAUAACCUGGACUUGUGCUAUUAUGUUCAAGAAAAUUCGUUAGGCUUGUGUAUAUUUCUACAGUGAUCAAAGCACCCGAAACUUGCUUUCUUGGCUUCCCAUUCCAUCAUGAUAGCAUAUUUCCAUUAUUAUGAAGAAAUCUGAGGGUGUGGGUUUUGUGUAGAGUUUUUUUCCUUUUUUAAUAUGAUUGAAUUAUCGUUUGAAUUGUACCUCUAGGCUCCAGGUUUAGUUUGCUCUCAAUUUAUUAUUUUAAUAAAUAUUUGUAUUUUAUGAAUCGCAAAGGUUGAUUUUACUCUUUAUACCUUGAUCUCCUCUUCUUGAUGCAGGCACUGAGCAAGUCAUUAAAGUAAUGUGUAGUCAUUUUCAAAAUUAUUCUGGCUAUAGUGUGAGAUGUUUCUUUGAUCAUGGAGAUAAAAUGCUGAAUAUUCAUGCUGCUUGCGGGCAUCGGUUGGAUUGAAGGAGUAAAAAUCUAAAAUUUUAACCUAACAGAAAUGAGUGAAGCUAACAUGAGGAAACUCUUGUAUGGGAGGAACCAUUGAUGGCGUUUGCACCCAAAUGAAAUAAGCUAUGUUAUUUGUGCUAGUAGAUUCUUCAUUUCUCUAUUUUAAUAGCCUAAAAGCCUUAAAAUGUUGUGUGCUUCCAUUUUAUUCAUUACUGAGAAGGACUAGCAGUGUAUUUUUGUUGUUUUAUUGUUUCUGAUACUGCAAGCUUCUCAAGGGUAACAUGUACAUCUCUUGUUCUUUUCCAGAUUACCUUAUUUUUGCCUGACAUGAGC